AUGCUGCCCUCCAGUAAAUUCGCCGGAUUGCCCAGUCCCAAACUAGUCCAGCUUGUUGCUCGUUAUUUCGAUGAAGCCAAAGUGCCUCACGUGCUCUGGGGGUCGAUGGCACAGCGUAACGACAUCUCCUUCGUCAUCCCCGAUAACCACAUCGAAGCAGCCAUGCAGACCCUCCUCCUCGCAGGCCUCCCCCGCUGCCUCCUCAACGCCAACUGUCCCUCCAUCCAAAAACACCGCAACAGCCCCAUCCCCGAAGUCCACUUCCAUCUGCACCCCAAGUAUGCCAUCGAAACACUAGAUCUACACAAGCAAUCGCUUACCCUCUUCCACUUCCCAGAUCUCACCCCCCACACCCCAGCCAGCGAUGAGCGAAACUUCACCCUAACCACCAAUCUGCACACGUGCAAUUGGAGCAAAGAAGAGUUCUACGGCCCUCACGCGCGAGAUCCCUACCCCGUUAAAACGCUGACCGCGGUCGGGUUCACCGAGGCGAUGAUUAUGCUGUCCUGUCGUGAUUUUCGACACUGCAAUAACUACGACGGGCACUGGUAUGUGGGUAUCUAUCGUAUUCAGCGGUUUGUAGAGGAGAAGGGGAAUUUCUCGCGCAAAGAGCUGAAUCCGAGGUUUUUGCCGUACUGGAAUGCGUAUGAGGAGCAUCCGUAUGGGAGGAGUUUGUACACGCGGUUGAGUGAGUUGAGGGAGGAAAUGUUGCAGAAUGGGGAGCUGCCGCCGCCUCCUGCGGUUAAUAAUUUCGGGUCAAUUGAGUUGGCGUUGAAGUUGCAGAGGUAUGUCACUUUUGGUUGA